GGCGUGCUUUUCCUGGUGCACGGCGACGUCACCAGGGUGCAACAGUGGGCCCAGCAGCGCCUCGGGGGCGACGCUGUUAACGGCGUCCGGGACGGGCUCAUGAACGGCGAGGCGGUCCGAGCUGAGGAGGGUGCUCAGGUCCUCGACGAGCUCCUGGAGGCCGUCGCGGCGCACAAGUCUGACGUAUCCCGGCCCUUCGCCGGCUACGUGAAAAUCGUGCGCACCGUCGAGGAUGAGCUGCAGUCGCUAGGACGGAGCGACACGGACCCCCACGUCAAGGUGCGGACCCUCGCGGACCGCAGCCUCGACAGCGAGGCGCUGGCCGCCUUCAUCAACGAGAACGCCGCCUGGUCGCAGCUCGCUGGCGAGGCCGACCUCCGCCUCGCCGUCAACCUGGCGAGCUCGCCUCUCUGAUAAUUAGUGUUAGAAUGGGUGGCAAACUGAUUUGUAAAUACCUCUCUUAAUCUUAACUAUAAUAAAUCGCCAGUCAUUUGAACUGCUA